AACUCUUCUUAUAGUUUCUUCGUUGAUAUAUAAAGCACACAUAGAGAGAACAAAAAAAAAAAAAGAAGAAGAAGAAGAAGAAGAUACAAACAAUUUUUGCAGAUUUUAAAGAAUGUCUUUCAAGAAGCCUCAUCAGAAGUUAGAUGCUAGGUUCAUAACACAGGAAGGCGACAAGUUUGUGAUACUACCUAAAGGACUCAACAUUGUGUGGGGAAAUGAUUCUCGAUACUGGAAAGUACCAGAACAAGGUGCUGCAGAGUUGACACAAGUUUCAUGGUUGGAGGUAUCGGGUGUGGUAAAAAUAAGUAAUCCGAAGAAAUACAAGGUUACAUUUGAGGUGAAAGUUAAAGAAGAUGGGUUUGGUUGGAAAGACACAGAUGUUCUAGUGAUGGCAAAAGUAGGGAGAGCAGGAAAAUACAUUUAUAAGGCGACGAAAAUAAGUCCUGGUUGCGACAUGAGCAUUCCUUCUGAUUCACUUGAGAUUGAUGUGGCCAAACCUUCAGACCUUCAUUUUGGAUUAUAUGAAGUGUGGAGUGGAAAAUGGAAGGGAGGCCUUCAAAUUUUAAGAGCAGUGGUCUCACCUACGACUUAGAACUCUUAUGCUCCCACCAUCAUUUCAUUCAUAGCUGUGACAUAAAAUGCAAGUGAUGUUAGAAUAACAGUGUGCUUUGGUCAUGCUGAGACGUAUUAUAUAUAUGGGUCUGAUAGAGAAAAUUAUAUAAAUAAAAUGCUAAUUAUGAUUGCCUUAAAUUAAUAUUUGUAAUAAAUAAUGGAUUUCAUUAUGUUUUA